AUGUCGGCUCAGAAGGAGUGCAUCGAAAGUGUUGAUCCUGUGAAGGGAUACACUGAUGAUAUCGACCUUCUCUCUAGCAGGGAGAAACAAAUCAUGAGGCGAGUUGACCUGCGCCUCGUCGCAGCGACAGCCUUGGGAUACUCCGUGAACCUAAUGGACAGAGGCAAUGUCGGGAUGGCAGCCAUUGCAGGGAUGCUCAAGGACCUCGACUUUGUGGGCUACCGCUAUUCUCUGAUAGUCCUGAUGUUCUUCGUUACCUACGUGAUCUUCCAGCCACCGGCCACAGUUUUGAUUCGAAAAAUCGGCCCCCCGUACUUUCUGUCGGCGAUCAUUUUCAGCUGGGGGAUUCUUAUGCUCGGUAUGGGAUUCGCCCAGUCUUGGAGCCAGGUUCUCGCAAUCCGAGUUCUUUUAGGAGUCUUUGCCGCUGGAUAUUUCCCUGGCUGCAUGUAUCUGCUCUCCUGCUGGUACCGUCGUUAUGAGGUACAAAAGCGGUUUUCGGUUUUCUACGGCGUUGGCUGCGUGGCGUCAGCUUUGGCUGGGAUUCUCGCCUACGGGCUGAUGCAGAUGGAUGGUGCUCAUGGGAUUGCAGGCUGGCGCUGGAUCCUGAUUUUGGAAGGAGUUAUAACUGUGGGCUUGAGUGUUCUCUGUUAUCUCUUGAUCGUGGAUUUCCCGGAUAGGGCCUCGCGCAACUGGAGAUUCCUUACUGAAGAAGAGUGCGCCUUUGUCGUCCGCCGAAUUAACCGUGAUCGUCUUGAUGCCGAGGCGGAGGAGUUUACAAUGAAACGGUUUCUCAGGCCAGCGCUGGAUAUCAAGAUAUGGGCGUAUGCAGUGAUGUUUGGUUGCUUAACCAUCAACACCUACGCCAUGGCUUAUUUUCUUCCUAUCAUCCUUUCCGAUGGAAUGGGGUUUGGCGUGGGAGAAUCCCAAUGCCUCACAGCGCCUCCAUGGGUCUUCGCGGCGCUGGUUAUGUAUGCAACAGCUUGGGUCGGCGACAAGAUCCAAAGACGAGUGCCAAUUCUGCUUUUCAACGUCUGUUUGUCAAUUAUCGGUCUGCCUAUGAUGGGGUUCCUGGAAAACAAUGCCGCAAGAUAUGUGGGCGUCUUCUUGACUGUCGCGGGAGCUAAUGCAAAUGUACCUGCCUGCAUGGCGUGGCAAGCGAAUAAUAUCCGAGGCCAGUGGACGCGCGCAUUUUCUAGUGCUACACUGAUUGGCUUCGACGGUAUAGGGGGUAUUAUUGCCAGUUUAGUUUUCGAGAAGGAUGCGCCUCAGUACAGGCCGGGCGUGUUCACUGCACUUGGAGCUAAUAUUUUACUUCUUCUCAUUGUUGUGUCUCUGGCACUGUGGUAUCGACAUUGCAAUAAGCAAGCAGAUCGCGGAGAGCGCAUUAUUGCCGGUGUUGAGGGAUUUCGCUAUACAAUCUGA